GCUGUCCUUUCUCCAUCAUACCUGUUUGCUGAGAAGAUGAAGUGUGCAAACUUGGCUGUGCUGCUGGUCUUUCUACAAAAUGCCAUUGCACAGAAUGCAGCCACCACCACGAUCCAGAAUGUGCCUACACCUCUUCCUACCCUGGUGGAAUAUCUGACUGAACCUCGGGCCACACUCAACAAACCUCAGUUCAUACCAGAGCCAUUUGCCAACGUAACCGGCUCUUUGAAUGAAAAUGGAGUGUGCCAAUGCUCAGUGUACCUGCCAGACACCGGGUUUCCUGUGCAGAAGGUCGAGAUGCUGGAAAUCACAGCCCGAGUGCUUUCUGAGAAAUUCGCAAUAGAACUUACUAAAGUUAGCCAAUAUACCAAAGCAAUUGAAAUAUAUGAACAGAAAAUCCGAAACCUAACCAUCAAGGUGGAACAUAUGGAGUCAACCAGUGUUUCUUACACUGAGUUGGACUUUCAGUUACUGAAACUGGAAAUCAAUGAAAUGCAGAGACUGGUCACUCAGCUGAAAUCCACACUUGGAAGCAAUGUGAUUGUUGAACAACUAUACGUGGAGAUUAGGAAUCUGACUGUUAUGGUAAAUGAUCUGGAAUCAUUGGACAAAAACAAUAUCCUUGCAAUCCGUCGAGAAAUUGUGACACUGCAGAAUCGAUUGAAGGAAUGUGAAAAGGAUAGAAAUCAAACCACUCCACCCUCCUAUUUCCCACCAGGUAGUUGUGGUCAUGGUGGAAUUGUGAAUAUCAGCCAGCCCUAUGUUGUACAGCUGAACUGGAGAGGAUUUUCCUACAAAUAUGGUGCCUGGGGUAGGGAUUACUCUCUUCGGACGCCAGAGAAGGACCUAUACUGGGUUGCACCUUUGAACCCAGAUGGGAGAAUCUUGGAAUAUUACAGACUUCAUAAUUCCUAUGAUGAUUUGCUGCUAUUCAAAAACGCUAAAGAAAGUAGAAUUGCAUACGGGGAAGGCAGUGGCAUUGCAGUUUACAAUAAUUUCAUGUAUUAUAAUAUAUAUAGUACAAGAGAUAUGGGCAAGCUUGAUUUAAACACAAACACAUUGGCUUUGAGGAAAACUCUGCCAAACGCUGCUUUUGGUAACCGUUUCUCUUAUGCUGGUGUUGGGUGGCAAGAUAUAGACUUUGCUGUGGAUGAAAGUGGAUUAUGGGUAAUUUAUUCAACCGAGGAAAGCACGGGUAACAUUGUGAUUAGCAAACUCAAUGAGACCACACUUGAUGUGCUCCAUACUUGGAAAACAAGGCAGUACAAGCCAUCUGUUUCUAACGCUUUCAUCAUAUGUGGUGUUCUAUAUGCCACAAGACCUGUCAGCACUAGGAAAGAGGAAAUAUUUUACAUGUAUAACACCAACACUGAACAGGAAGGUAGAAUUAAUAUAAUUAUGGACAAAAUGUUAGAAACAGUUCAGAGUAUCAACUAUAAUCCCUCAGACCAAAUCCUGUAUGUUUACAAUGAUGGCUACCUUGUUAGAUACAAUCUGAUUUUUCAACCUGCGUUACACUGAUAUGAAUUUACAUAACGGCUAGAGACCAUAGAAAGUCCAAUUUUAUAUCCCUGUGGACAAUGUUAAUGUCCUAAUCCUCCCAAGAGUAGCUACUGGGCCUAGGGUUUAUUACCAUGAGCUGUCCCAGUGAAGGGAUUACUUACACUAAUAACCUCUAUGCCUGGUAAUAACUAGUUGCAAGAUUGGGUUCUUAGCUUUUUAACUGGUGUUUAGAUACAAUGGUGACAGGUGUACUAGAAAUGCCUCUGCUGUAAAGAUAAAUAGAUGACUUAUUGAUGGACAGAACAUGCAUAGCAAUAGGCUCACACACUGAUGUGCAUUUGGAGGAAUGUCUGUAUUUGGAUAAAACAUGGAAACUGAACUGCUGUUUUGUCAUCAGUGCUCAAAAUAUGGAAGGCCAUAAAUAUAUUAAUCACUGGCCUCAAUUACUAAAAGAUUAAUAUUAGAGGAGAAUUAAGACUUGAUCUUUAAAGAGCAGACCUUCGGUUAAGAUGAAGCUAUGCAAACGGUUGCCAUGGCGCCUUCCUUUCAACCCAUCAAUGUAUUUUAGAUGGCAGGGCUCCAAUGGACUACUUUCCUAAAAAGAAGAACAGGAGUACUUGUGGCACCUUAGAGACUAACAAAUUUAUUAGAGCAUAAGCUUUCGUGGACUACAGCCCACUUCUUCGGAUUGCACUCCUGGGAAAAAAACCUUACCCAUUUUUGGACGGUUGCAUUUUCUUAGCACUGUGUCCUGGGAGCAUGAGCCAUACCCCACUGAAAACCAUGGAAAGAGUUCCAUUGACUUUAAUAGUCUCUGGCAGUCCCUUGGCGUAUGCCAUAUGCUGCAGUAGAGCAGAAACUAUGCCACCCUACAUGCUUCCAUUUAGCAUUCUGCAAUUUACUGUGACCUCCAUUAGCAUCUUUCAAAAACACUCCGAAAACAAGGAGCCAAAAUUCAUUUCCAGUAUAACUCCAUUGGCUUCAAUUAUUUUACAUUGGGGGGGUGAAUCUGGCACAUGAUUUGUCCGUUACAGAAUACUGACGUUAGGAAAAAAAUCAGUCAGAUGCUCUUUAUUUUUAAAAUGCCACAUAAUAUUUUCUAUCAAUAUCUGUACUGUAAUCAUGUCAGAAAUACUGACGUGUACAAUUAUGAAAAUGCAGUGAAUGCUUGCUGGUUUUAUUUUAUUAACCCUAUCUUUGUUUUCUUAUAACCUGGAUCAGUAGAUGUGAAUGAUUAAUUUUUGUUUAAUUAAAAAGUGUUCUAAAAA